AUGUGUGGCAUGAAAACCCCCCUAACGGAAUUUUUUAGAGCUAGAUCUGCGUUACUCGGAAAAGAAGUAACAAGAUAUGGACCCGCGAAUGAGAACAGCGCGCAACUCAACGCUCCAUAUUUGGGACAAUCGAUUGAUCUUAUUGGAAGUUUGUGGAACGCAACAACUGGAAGGCUGCUCGACAAAUCUAGUGGGAUUGGUGCUGGAAUUGAUUCGUUUUUCGAAUAUUUAUACAAAGCGGGUGUUUUGUUUGGAGAUGUUGAAUUAGCGAAUGCUUUCGAUGUUGCAUCAGUUGCACUACGAAAGUAUUGUCAUCGACGUGGAGUCUAUUUUUCUUGCGAUAUGGAAUCAGGUAACAUCACACCAUUUAUGUUUGAUUUAUUGUCACAUUGCAGGACAAAUAACUGGGUUUCCCCGUAUGAAUGCUCUUGGUGCUUUUUGGCCGGGGAUCCUUACGCUCUUCAAUCAUAUGUUGCUUAUUUGAAUGUUUGGAUGAAAUACGAUGCACUUCCUGAAGACUUCAAUGUUUUACUUGGAGAGCCAGACGAAGUUAAUCGCGGGUAUCCAUUACGACCUGAAUUUUUUGAGUCCACCUUUGUUAUGAGUCAAGCCAUGAGUGGAAGUGAUACAAAUAUAAGUGAAGUCGAAGUCUAUCGCGAUGUUGUUCUUCCAGCGUAUAAGAAAUUCAACGGAACGUUAAGGACUUCUUGUGGAAUGGCAUCGCAGCCAAGUAUGUUACAUCUCUGA